AUGCGUCAUCACGCUGUCACUGCAGUCGUCGCCAUCGGCGCUGCGCUAGUCAGCGCCCAGGACUAUACUCCAAAGCACGAACAGGGACGAUGCGCAUUCCGCGGACAAUGCGGAAAGCAGAGCUUCUUUGGAAAGGAGCUGCCUUGUGUUGAUAAUGGCCUCGCCCAGGACCCCGAGGCUGAGCUUCGCAGCGAGCUAGUCGACCUCUGCGGUGAGGAAUGGCGCGAGGGACCAGUCUGCUGUACCCUACCACAGGUGAAAGCUCUCAAAUCCGAACUCGGCACCCCCAACACUCUGAUCGGAUCGUGCCCGGCAUGCAAACACAACUUCUUCAAUACGUUCUGCAAGUUUACUUGCUCUCCGGACCAGUCUCUCUUCGUCAACAUCACCAGUGCCGCCGAAAAGGGAGACAAGCUGCUGGUUACCGAGCUCGAUCACCUGGUCUCAGACGAAUACGGCGCUGGCUUCUACGACAGCUGUAAGGAAGUCAAAUUUGGCGGCGCCAACUCAAGGGCCAUGAACCUCAUCGGAGGCGGCGCAAAGGAGUACAAAGCUUUCCUCAAGUUCCUCGGAGACAAGAAGCCCUUUGCCGGAUCCCCAUUCCAGAUAAACUUUCCACGGACCUAUGACGACCCGGCAAUGGGACCCCUGGACAUGAAGCCCAAAAAGUGCAAUGACGAAGACCCGGCCUAUCGCUGUGUCUGUGUCGACUGCCCUGAAGUUUGCCCCGAUCUUCCCGAAGUCAAGGAGAACCGUUCAUGCCGAGUCGGCGCGCUACCGUGCGUUUCCUUUGCCUCCAUCUUCACUUACAGUGUGCUGCUCUUUGCUCUUGCUGCCCUCUUGUCCGGCCAUGUGGCAUGGAGAAAGUUUGCCAAGAGACGAGCUGAGCGAACCAGGCUUCUGCACGAGGCUUCUCAUAGCGAUGAUGAAGACGAAGGCGGCCCUGUUCAAUCUGAAGCGAUGCGCGAUCGCCCUGUAAAACGAUACUGGCUCAACGACCGGUGCGACAAGGCCUUUUACCAGCUUGGGCUGACCGCUGCAAGCGCGCCUGCUAUAACCAUCACCAUUUGCCUCGUUGUUGUGGCGAUACUGAGCGCUGGCUGGGUCCACUUUGACCUGGAAAAGGAACCUGCGCGACUUUGGGUCAGCCCAUCCUCUGCCGCGGCGCAAGAAAAGGCCUACUUCGAUGACAACUUUGGACCAUUCUACCGUGCCGAGCAGGCUUUUCUUGUCAACGACACAAUCACAAAUGGACCCUCCCCUGUUCUCAGCUACGAGACUCUUCAGUGGUGGGUUGGCGUUGAGAGAAGCAUUCAGAAUCUCGAAAGCCCUACCUAUGGCAAGUAUCUUCGGGAUCUCUGUUUCAAGCCGACAAACGACGCAUGCGUGGUUCAAUCUGUGUCGGCGUACUGGGAGGCCAAGGGUGGAUUUGGACGCAAUACUUGGCAGGAUGAGCUCCGCGCCUGCGCAAAGAGCCCUGUUGAAUGUCGUCCCGAGUUUGGGCAGCCCAUCGAACCCGAGAUGAUUUUGGGCGGCUAUGAUUCCGAUUUUGCGGAAGCCAAGGCAAUUACAGUCACCUGGGUAGUCAACAACUCUCCUGGAGGCACCGCUGAAUUUGCUCACGCCGUUGAUUGGGAGAACACCCUCCGCGACAAGCUUCUUGAAGUGCAAAAAGAGGCUGUCGAACGUGGCCUUCGUCUCUCUUUCAACACUGAAAUCAGUCUUGAACAGGAACUCAACAAGUCUACCAACACUGAUGCCAAGAUUGUCGUCAUCAGUUAUGUCGUCAUGUUCAUCUAUGCCUGCUUGGCCCUAGGCAUGCCUUUGAAGCACAUCUUCCGCAACCCUGCGGUGCUCCUGGUCGAAUCAAAGGUUACCCUCGGACUAGUCGGCAUUAUUAUUGUGCUCAUGUCCAUCUGCGCCUCUAUCGGCUUCUUUUCCUGGGUCGGAUUAAAGGCCACUCUGAUUAUUGUCGAAGUAAUUCCCUUUAUCGUGUUGGCAGUAGGCGUUGACAACAUUUUCCUCAUUGUCCACGAGUUGGAUAGAGUGAACUUGAGCUGCCCUGACCAGAUGGUUGAAGAGCGUGUCGCCCGAGCUCUCGGCAGAAUGGGCCCUUCCAUCUUGUUCUCUGCUCUGACGGAAACAGUGGCUUUCGCACUUGGAGCCGCUGUCGGCAUGCCUGCUGUUCGCAACUUUGCUGCAUACGCUGCUGGCGCUGUGUUGGUCAAUGCCAUCUUGCAAAUGACCAUGUUUGUGUCUUUCCUGACACUUAACCAGCUGCGUGUUGAGGACUAUCGCUGCGAGCUGUGGCCAUGGUGGCAAGUCAAGACGGCUAGAGUACACCUGAGCUCUGGCAACGGGUACACUACCGGCCGGGCGUCAGACAUUGACGAAGAAAGCAUGUUGCAAGUGUUUAUUAAAAACACUUACUCCACUGCCAUUCUUGCCAGAAAAGCCAAGGUCAUUAUCAUUACGAUAUUCCUUGGCAUGUUUGCUGCUGCGAUAGCGUUGCUACCCACCAUGGAAAUCGGCCUUGACCAGAGGGUUGCCAUUCCUGAUGGAUCCUAUUUGAUCCCGUACUUUAACGACAUGUACGCCUACUUUGGCGUCGGGCCCCCUGUGUACUUUGUCGCAAGAGAGAAUGUCGCGCAGAGAACUGAGCAGCAACAGCUGUGCUCACGCUUCACAUCUUGCCAGCAGCUCUCGAUGACAAACACCCUGGAAAUGGAGAGGCGUAGACCCAAUGUGUCGUACAUUGCCUCCCCCACUGCAAGCUGGAUCGACGACUUCUUCUUGUGGCUGAACCCGGCCUACGAGGCGUGCUGCAAAAAGGGCCAGUCUGCCUGCUUUGCGGACAGAGACCCUGCCUGGAAUAUUAGUCUUUCUGGCAUGCCCGAGGACGGCGAAUUUUUGAGCUAUCUCGACAAGUUCUUGAAGAGCGACGCCGACGAGGAGUGCCCGCUUGGAGGCAAGGCUGCCUAUGGACAAGCCGUGGUACUCGACCAAGCUGCCACUGGCAUCAAAGCCAGUCACUUCAGAACAUCGCACACACCACUUCGCAGCCAGAAAGACUUUAUCAACGCCUAUUCAUCCGCACGCCGCAUCGCGUCCGAUAUUUCUGAGCGAACAGGCGCCGACGUGUUCCCUUACAGCGUGUUUUACAUCUUCUUUGACCAGUACCUCACCAUUAUCCCCCUCACCGCCGGUCUCUUGUCCGCAGCCGUCGGCAUCAUAUUUGUCGUUGCUUCGGUCCUGCUCGGCUCCGUCGCCACGGCCGCCGUCGUGUCCGUGACCGUCAUUAUGAGCGUCGUGGACAUCAUGGGCGCCAUGGCCAUCUUUGGCGUGUCGCUCAACGCCGUCUCCCUCGUCAACCUCAUCAUCUGCGUCGGCAUCUCGGUGGAGUUUUGCGCCCACAUUGCGCGCGCCUUCAUGUUCCCCUCGCGAACCGUGCUCGAAAGCAACACCAACGCCCUACGGGGCAAGGAUGCACGCGCCUGGACGGCGCUUGUUAACGUUGGCGGCUCCGUCUUUUCCGGCAUUACCGUUACCAAGCUGCUUGGCGUCUUUGUCCUGGCCUUUACGCGCUCCAAGAUUUUUGAGAUUUACUAUUUCCGCGUGUGGCUUUCGCUCGUCGUCUUUGCGGCCCUGCAUGCGCUUGUGUUCCUGCCCGUGGCGCUGAGCAUUGCGGGAGGCAGCGGCUACGUCGACCCGGAGAGCGAGGGCACGGCAGCGCAGGACCUUACGGACCGGAGGUGGCGCGCAAUCCGUAUCGGUGACCAGAGCGACUCAGAGGACGAGUACUAA